AUGAAAACCAUGUUCGCCGCUAUCGUUUUGGCUGCCUUGUGCACCGUCAGCAUGGCUGGAUACCUUGGAGGAAUUGGAGGAAGAGAUGCCGCAGUAACCGUCAGCCUGGAUAACCAGAGAGCCGCUCCUUACGGAGGACUCGGCGCUUACGGUGCUUAUGGACUCGGACACGGAGCUUAUGGAGCCUACGGACUCGGACACGGCGCUUAUGGAGCCUAUGGACUCGGACACGGCGCUUACGGCUUGGGUCUCGGUUACGGAGGUUACGGUCUCGGUCUGGGUUACGGACUCGGCCACGGAGCCUACGGACUCGGAUAUGGACUGGGACUCGGCUACGGAGGUUACGGUUUAGGUUUUGGAAAAACCGAACUCCGUGGUAUACUGAUCAUUCAUUUACUUGACUCUCAAGUAGCAAUAUUCAUCAUGAAAUCCAUGUUCGCCGCUAUCGUUUUGGCUGCCUUGUGCGCCGUCAGCAUGGCUGGAUACCUUGGAGGAAUUGGAGGAAGAGAUGCCGCAGUAACCGUCAGCCUGGAUAACCAGAGAGCCGCUCCUUACGGAGGACUCGGCGCUUAUGGUGGAGCUUAUGGAGCCUACGGACUCGGAUAUGGCGGUUAUGGCUUGGGUCUCGGUUAUGGACUCGGCGGCUAUGGCGGUUAUGGAUUGGGUCUCGGUUACGGACUCGGCGGCUAUGGAGGUUAUGGAUUGGGAUACGGUCUUGGCUAUGGUGGCUACGGACUCGGCGGAAAAUUAUGGUAAUUUCAGAGACAAAUCAGAUAGAAUUGGAAUAAAGAAUGCAUCAGUGCUGUAUAUAAUGUAGUCAUUAUAUAUAUAUGAGUAAUGUUUUUGUAGUGUG